UUUGUUGUCGCGUGAGACAAAAACCCUAGUAGUCUCCUCAAGAAGACGAAGGCAUCUUUUUCAGUUUAUCGUUUUGUCCUCUGCUCCUGCUCAGAAUUGCAAAUCGCCGGUAUUGUUACGGUGUACAGCUUCGUCUCUCUCAGAACUGAAGAAAACAAAAUCAAGAGGAAUAGGAUCUUCAAUGGAGGGGUUAAAGCUCUCAGAAGCGGAAUUGAUGGUUUACAUUCAUCCUUCGAAGAGCAGAAACGUUUUCCAAGCUAUUUGUCGCGAGCUCAGUUCUCUUCUUUUCCAGUAUACUGAAACCUUUGAUGGUGUACUAUUGGCUUAUGAUGCUACCGUGAAAAGCAAACAAGCUAAAAUCCUUUCCGGACUUCAUCCUUACUUUGGUGUGAGGGUUAACACUAGACUACUCCUAUUUGACCCUAAGCCCAAGAGUCUUGUAGAAGGGGAAAUUGUGAAGAUUUCUCCUGAGUCAAUCCAUGUUGUUGUUCUUGGUUUUUCUGCUGCAGUUGUAACAGACCUUGAUAUCCGUGAAGAAUUCAAGUUUAGAGUGAAAGAUGGUGAAGGUUGUUUUGUGAGCAGAUCGCAUAAACGGCAUGCACUAAAGCUUGGAACCAUAUUACGCCUUCAAGUCCAAAGUUUUGAUGAAGAGGUAUUGCAUAUAGCUGGAUCUCUACUUCCGGAAAACACAGGAUGCGUUAAGUGGCUCGAAAAGCACUCUGAAGAAGUUUUGCCUACGGAUAGGGAUCGAAAAAGGAGGAAACUCUCCUGAGGAAAUAUGAACAUACCAAAACAAGAGAAGCUUAAAAUGGAGAAGCAGCAAUGCUCUAAUUUUGUUGUAUUGAAUCCUAUGAUAUUAACACUUUUUUUUUCAUCAAACUUAUGUCUUAUUGUUUCUCUUCAUUUAUGAAUCUGAAUAUUCGUUUUAAUCAUAAUCAAAAUGUUAUGCAAUCA